GCCCGCAGUUCACACGGCUACGCAGCUCAGAGCAAGUCGAGCGACGCGCUGCUUUCCCUUGGGAUCUAUCUGCCUGUCGCUCGCUGUCAGAAGCGCGCCCUCGGCCAGGCUAUGCUUAGCCCCAGCACCCUGGAUUAUACGAUGGAUUUCACGAUGGAGCAGCAGGCCCACCCCAGGGACGCGCUGAAGAAGGACAGGCAGCUCAGCCUGGUCCAGGACGAUCGCCACGACAGUGGCCUGGACUCCAUGAAGGACGAGGAGUACGAAAACCUGGUCAAGGAGCUGGAAGAUAUUCGUCUCCAUCCCACGGAAGCUUCCGUGGGAACCCACAGUGGCGCCAGCCAGCCGGGCCAGGCUUGGAAACAGCAAGUGACUGAAGAUGGAGACACAUUUCUCCAUCUGGCCAUAAUACACGAAGAAAAACUCUUGAGUUUGGAAAUCAUUCGCCAAGAAGGGCAUGACACAGCCUUCUUGAAUUUCCAGAAUAACCUCAGCCAGACUCCACUUCACUUGGCAGUGAUCACAGACCAACCAGAAAUUGCUGAGAUGCUUCUGAAAGCCGGAUGUGAUGCAGAGAUACGAGAUUUCCGGGGAAACACACCACUGCAUAUUGCUUGUGAACAAGGUUCGCUCACAGGUGUCAGUGUCCUCACACAGUACUGCCAGAAACACCAAGUCCACUCUUUGCUACAGGCAGCAAACUACAAUGGACACACAUGUCUCCACUUGGCAUCCAUUCAGGGAUAUCUGGCCAUUGUAGAAUGUCUCCUCUCUCUGGGUGCAGAUGUCAAUGCACAGGAGCCAUGCAAUGGUAGGACUGCCUUGCAUUUAGCUGUAGACCUGCAGAACCAAGAACUGGUAUCGCUCCUGCUGAAGCACAAAGCAGAUGUAAACAAAGUGACAUACCAAGGCUAUUCUCCAUACCAGCUCACAUGGGGAAGAAGUAACUCCUCCAUACAGGAGCAACUGAGGCAGUUUACCACAUUGGAUCUGCAGAUGCUGCCUGAAAGUGAAGAUGAAGAGAGCUGCGAAUCAGAAUCAGAAUUCACAGAAGAUGAACUUCUAUAUGAUGACUGCAUUAUUGGUGGCCGGCACGUGCCUUGUUAAAGGAGGAGGGCUGCAGAAAGAACAAGCCAACAUAAUGUGAACAAUUACUGAACUACUCCAUUGUGCUGCACAGAACAUGUUGUUAUAACAACUAGUGUGGUACAUGGUUCAAUACACUGUUUGAGCAUCAGUGAAUUUUGGUUGUCAGACGCCAGAAGAAGUCUGGGCCCCAUUUGUGCCAGAGAGCUGAUCAUCCAAAUAAAGGAGCAGAAUGAGAAUUUGGAGGGUCCACGUCUGUAUUCACUGUGUGCCCUAUGAGGGGGCUGGCCAGACUCACCAUCUGUGGUGUCCUUCUGGAAGACAUUCCACAUAGUUCUACCUGACUGCUAAUAAUCUAUUCCAGAGACUGAGCUCAGGUGUUCUUUGUGCUACACAGCAGACAGUCCCAAAUAAUGACUGCUUGAUGUCCACAUGCAAGAAGGAUAGCAGUAAUUUUCAGACUGUAUAUUGCAAGCCCUUGUAUCAUGUAUAUAUUGUACAUUUUGUGAAUAUGUUUUGUUACUGGUGAGAUGUAUAUUUAUUAAAAAAUAACAAAUACA